AUGGGUCUUGGUCACAAUUCGCAGGUAACCAAGACCAGCAGAAGCGGGUUAUGUCAGCAGGCGAGCAGAAUGCCAUUGUGGGAAGGAGCGAGCUGGCCGUACUCCGUUGCAAUUGCCUCUGCAAUUGCCAGUCAGACGCACCGGGAAGGAGGCAGGGCAGCACUGAAGAAAGCCCGCGCCUGCCGUCCACAAUGUGCCUGGCCCCACGCCUACGAUAACGCUAGUGGCUUGGCCCCGGCGGCGGCUCGUCAUUGGCGGAUGGAGCCUGCCUCGUUCGCGGGGCCGGCGUGCCCUGCUUGUUCUUUACUACCGCUUGGCAGCCUUGGCGCCGGAUUCGAUCUGGAGACUGGCGUGUUUCAUGUCAUCAUCAACAUGAACCCGAAUCACUCGUUGACCAUUGAUCCUUAUCACUUAUCCUUAUCGUUGAUCAUAAUCCGUUUGUGCCAUUGUCAUCGCGCAGAGCUUCCAGUGACAACCGAGCUUGCUACCGAAGACAGUCUGCAGACCGGAUAUCCCAUCGCGGCGUCUCCUAUCGAUACGUCGAUGACCCUGUGCAGAUACGACACAGUGCCGAGCCGACGGUCUCUUGGCAGCUGA